AUGCAUCGCACGCUUCCGGCCGAGGCCCCCGGCUCUCCCCCGCGCCCCGCAUCCCCGCGACCCAGCGGUCCCAGCAGUAUCCCAGCCUCGUUCACCACCCUCCGACAAAUCCUGCCCAACGCAAUCGCAAUCGCAAUCGCAAAAUCAAAAUCCAAAAUCAAAAUCCAAAUUCGAAAAAAAACUCAAAAAAACAAACGCCGACGCCGGCCAAGGCGCAGCCACGCGCCCCCGAUCUCAAAUACAGCCAUUGACUCGCCUCUACGCUCAUCUCCCAUGACGUGCCCCGGGCCAUUGCGCGUGGUGCACGUACGCGCCCUUACGCGCCCACCUCGUAUCCACUACCUGAUACAGGUCCCAGCCCAGCCCAGCCCUUAUCUGCGCCGAUCCGCCCGCACUGCCCCCGCCCGCCCGAGCUUUCCUUUCGCCUUUCGCCUUCGGACUUUUAGCUGCGGACUUCCAGCUGCGGACUUCCAGCUUCCAGCUGUGGACUCCCAGCUUCGGACGACGAGCUUCGGACGACAAGCAGUGCGGCACUUAUCGACCUAUCUCUGGCGCUCUUCGAGCUGCGCCGGCGCGAUACGAUACGAUACGAUACGAUACGAUACGAUGCAACUCGAUACGGCGACGAUACAGCGCGAUACGCCACGAUACGAUACGACUCGACUCGACUUGACUCGACGACGAUACGAAACAAUUCAAUACGACUCCACUCGACUCGAUACGACACAGCGCGACACGACACGGCACACUCCGCGCCGGCCCGCAGCCCGCUGCCCCAUGCCCCCUGCCCCCUGCCGUCUGCCCCGUGCCGUGCUAUAUAACUGCUAUAACCACAAACACCACCCAACCCCGGAUCCCACCAUCACAUACAGCCGCACGCACACGAGUACACAGAUACAGCCUCGUUCAGCCAUCCAGCGCCGCACCGGGGCGCCCGCGCCCGACGGCGCCUCGAACGUCGGUCCGUCUCCAGUGCGAGAGCACUUCGAGUCUUGCGCGGGUCGCUUCCCUGAGACCCGUGCUCUCGAAGGGACAUGCUAUCGAGGGUACAUGCUGUCGAGGGGACAUGCUCUCGAAGGCCCAAGCUCCGUCAGCGCUCCAUCCCGCUCAGCUGCGCGCGUCCGGCGUCCGGCGCCCCGCGCCCCGCCAAGCCCCGCCAGGCCGUCCACUCUGAAUUUGCGCUCCUGCCUCUGCGCUCCUCCCACCCUCGACGCCCAACGCCAGCCGCUGCAGGCCGCUGCUCAUCGCAUCGCAUUACGUAUACGCAGCACCGACGACGAUGGCGGCGGCGGCGGCGGCGGCGGCGGCGGCGGCGGCGGCGGCGGGCCUCGCUAG